AUAUAAAUAUUGAUUAGACAAACAAUAUUGAACACAUUUUAAUAUUUAGUUAGAUAUUAACACAACAAUUACGGGUGAUUUUAUUUAUCUCGAUACCUUCUGGUUUUGAAUAUGAAUAUUAUUUUGACGUCACUAUGUAUUAUUGUUCUUUACGGCGCAAGCUAUUCAGUUGUCGACGGGGCAGCCAGAAUAAUAGGUGGGAUAACUGCACAUGAAAAUCAGUUCCGUUACAUGGUUUCUUUGCAACAGAGAAGUGAAACGAAUCAAACAACGAGAGGGCAUAGAUGCGGAGGAGCAUUGGUCUCGUAUCGUCAUGCAUUGACAACUGCAUCGUGCCUUUAUAACAAUGAUGCUGGACGAUUCACUCAAAUUCUCGAAAGAGAUUACUGGCUAUUUGCUGGUUCAGCAAGGCUUGACAAUAAUGCUACUUUUCUUUUACAAAGUAUAGAAAAGUUUACAAUACACCCUCAGUUUGAUCCACGUGUACGCUUUGUUAACGACAUAGCAAUUAUUACUAUCUUUUCGAGUUUUCCAACAGAUUUGGUAUCUGUCUUGCGACUGCCUUAUGCGGACGUCAUAACCACCCCAUAUAUUUGUCAUUCUCCCGGCUGGGGAGGCUACGAUAGUUCAAUUAAUGCGAGUGUUGACUUAUUGUACACCGACAAAUUUGUGACGACGAACGAUGCGUGUUUCCAAUUCUACUAUAGACACCAGAACAUUACCAUAAAUACAACACCAGACAUGCUGUGCGCUGUGCCGUACUCAAACACCUCCAGUUGUCAAGGUGACUCCGGCAACCCUUUGGUUUGCAACAACGACAUACUGGGUGUUCAAUUUCUGUCAAAGAACUGCUCCUUGCCGGUGAUAGAUGAUUGGCAACCCGACGUGUAUACUAGGGUUUUCAGGUACAAAGCUUGGAUAGAAGGAAUAGUUAUUGGACCUCAACUUCCCAGCGGAGCUUCUACUCACCAACUUUGGUUUGGUUUGCUAGCAAUGCUCAUGAUAGUCCAAAUUGUAACAUCGACGUCGUAAGGUAUUAUUUUUGCAAUAAAAAUAAAUACCUGCAUUUCGGAGCUAAUUCUUCAUUUGACCCUAAACUGUCACUGGUAGGUUAACUUGAUAAAGUAAAGUUGUUAAGGAUAAUGAAUAAAUAUUUGUGAUGAAUAAAAUGGCAAGCUUUUAAA